UUAAACAAGCACCUCGAUGUCAUUGCUUACAACUCCGUUAGUCAUGCUGAUAGAGCUGCACUAUUUCCAAAUAUGUCUACUGAACAUUUUCACACAAACCUUUCUGAUGGACACGCUACGGCUAUGCAUCUGAUUGAAAAUAUGGGAUACUCUAUAGGCCAACGGUCCAUUGAAAGUCCUCGAUUCACAUCGGAGAUAGAAAUUGUCAAGUUUAUCUGCAGGGGAUUUUGGUCACACCUUUUUCAGAAGGAUAUAAAUACACUGAAAACAAAUAAUACCGUAAGGAAGUCGAACCUUCAUUCUUUAGGAUGUGUAUGUAUUCUGGCCUUCGCUUGCGGACUGCUGAGGGGUGGUUUGUCAAGUCUCGGUGUUAGUUGCAUUGUAAAUGCAGAAAUACCAGAGAUUCCAACUUGUAAUUUCCCAGUCUACUGUUAA